AUGGAGUCCAUUGCGCGGAUAUCUAGCCUGCUCGAGAGCGCCCGAGAGCUCACCCUCGAUGCCGCCUCAGCCACGCGCAGCUCCCGCAGCACCGGCCGCCCUCUCGACCGUACACAGAUUAAGAAGCUACUGGACAGUCGAAAUGAGCGCGAGGUGCUCGACGGCCUGCGCCGCGUCCUCUCGAUGAUGUACCGCGGCCAAAAGACGUUACCCUUCUUCUCCUCUGUUGUCAAGAAUGUCGCCUCGCCGAACAUCGAAAUCAAGAAGCUUGUCUAUAUCUACCUCAUUCAUCAUGCCGAACAAGAACCCGAUCUGGCUCUGCUCUCCAUCAACACCAUUCAGAAAUCCCUCUCCGAUACGAACCCCCAAGUCCGCGCCCUUGCUCUCAAGACAAUGUCUGGCAUCCGAGUCCCAGUCAUCAGUCAGAUCGUAUCUCUCGCAAUCAAGAAGGGUGUGGCAGAUAUGAGUCCCUACGUACGCCGAGCUGCCGCCCUCUCCAUCCCCAAAUGCUACCGCCUCGAUCCCACACAGUUGCCGCAACUCCUCGAAUACCUAACUGCGCUCCUUGGCGACAAGCAGUACUUUGUCGCCGGUGCGGCAGUUUCGGCCUUCCUCGAGAUAUGUCCCGAUCGAAUCGAUCUCAUACAUCCCCAGUACCGGGCGUUGGUCAAAAAGGUCGUAGACAUGGACGAGUGGAGUCAGCUGGCGACGCUGAGAAUGAUGACAUAUUACGCAAGGAAAUGCUUUCCCAGGCGGACACGCAGCGUUAAAAGUCAGGAAAAGGCUGCCAACUUGGGCGACUUUUAUGGAGAAACAUCGCAGACUGGAGGCGAGGAGCAAGAGGUUGCCGUCGUGGACCCAGAUCUCGCCUUGCUCCUCAACGGUAUCAAACCGUUGCUACAGAGCCGCAAUUCAGCUGUGGUCAUCGCGGUUACGAGAUGUUACGUCGAUAUUGGCACGCCGGAAUACGUCAAGACAGCGAUUGGCCCACUCGUUGCGCUCCUCAGGGGGCCACAAGACAUCCAGCAAGUCGCCCUCUACAACAUUGUCUCGGUGUGCCUGACGAGGCCAACCGACUUUGUCAAAUAUGCCAGCCACUUCCUUGUCAGAGCUACGGACCCUGCGCAAGUAUGGGAGCUGAAACUGGAAAUUCUGACACUCAUCUUCCCUCACGCACCGCCACACAUCAAGAGCCUCAUUCUGAACGAACUCGAGCACUUUUCCGGCUCAACGAACAAAGCGCUGAUCACGAGUCUUGAUGGAACCUUGGCAGCGGAAUCUCUGACGGUGAUUCGGCACCUGAUCCAGCAAGAUCCCCAGGGGCAUGUAGGCACAGUUGUUCGUUUGGCGAAGAACCUAGACUCGGCAACAGACCCUCAAGCAAGGGCAACCAUCAUUUGGCUUGUGGGGGAGUUCUCGGGCCUUGAAGGCGAAGACAAUAUUGCCGCAGAUGUGAUGCGGAUUCUUCUCAAGGAUUUCGCGAGUGAAGCAGAGGUAGCCAAGGGACAGAUCCUUCUUCUCGCUGCCAAGGUUUACCUACAUCACAUAAACCGACAAAACGAGAACAAGGGCGAAGACGAUGCGCCCGUACCAGUCCAGGACGACCACCCCGUGGCGAAACUCUGGGAUUAUGCGCUAUUACUGGUCCGCUACGACACAUCGUACGACCUCCGCGACCGAGCCCGGAUGUACCGAGCCCUCCUUUCCGUGCCCCAACUAGCCACGUUAAUGUUGUUGGCACCGAAGCCCGCGCCCCAAGCUCCCAGUCCAUCAGAGACACGCAAGGGCUUCAUGCUCGGCUCGUCAACGCUUGUGUUGGCCGGUGGAGGUGGCAUUCACGGGUUACGUGGUUACGAUGCUCUUCCCGAAUGGGUUGCGGAGGGCUCAGAACCCGACAGGAGAUUACGAGAGACAGAAGCAACAUCGAGCUACGGUGAGGAUAAAAACGUGCCGGCAAGUCAAAUGCUCGACAGCGCAGUCAGGGCGGCGCCAACGAGGACCAACGGUCUCGGUGCCGUUGUGGGUGCCGGUGCUGCAAGCGGUGUUGGUGUCAAGACGCUCGAUGACUGGCUUGCCGAGGAAGAGAAAGAGGAGCAACAGGCGGCCUUCCACAUGGAGGAGGAAGAGGAUGAUGAGGACGACGAGGAAGAGGAGGAAGAAACAGACGAUGAGGAUGAAGAAGACGAGGAUGAUGACGAAGACGAGGAAGACGAAGAGGACGAGAGCAGCGACGACGACAGCGAUUGA